AUGUUCUGGUUGACAGCUGAACUGAUGAACGUUGAAUGGCGAAAAGGCUGCCUGACUACCGGUGGUUGUGCUGAUCCACGAUUUAAGCUAACCGAAACCAAUGUGGCCAGCAAUGAGCAAGUCUCGAUCAGUUGGUCAAUUUUAGACGAUUUCAACCAGAUUUAUAUGGGAGGGAAAUUUGAAUGUGACACACAAUGA